UAAUUUAUGAGUCUGGCAAAAUGUAGUGGUGCAAUCAACUACUGAUGUAUGUCUUCGUCUAUGUUGUAAAUCAUCAUUUUGUUAAAUUAAUUCUGAUGUACUGCUAGAGAUGUAUUAAUUUAAUGAACUUUAUUUUAUAAAGUGUUGUUUAAAGAAUAAAAUCGACAUUGCACUGACAAAUGUACAUAAACGUUUUGUAAAUAAGCCUAUGAAAAUGAUGUAUUUGAAAAGGAUCUGUACAAAUGUACUUGUAGUUGUAUAUCGAGUGAUACUGUUGAGCUGUAACAGUUAUUCGAGAAACCAAUUAAAUGCAGCCAAAUGCGACCGUGUGUGCUCUUUUCGAUUUCGUGUGCAUGGCUUGCUAGUGAAUGAUUUGUUUCCUUGAACAAGAAAAGGAAACCACACCACCUCCCUUUAUUGUCUUUAACGUCCAGUGCCAGUUUGACAUACUUGCUUGAAAUCAGGCCAUAUUUGACAUUUGAACACUUCCCCCUCUUGAUUGUUAACUCAUUUUUUCCAUUGGAUUUUUUCCCCCUUGAUUGACAUAUGCAAACUAAACUACUAAGAAUUAUGGUCACCUGUUUAUUUGCUGGUUUAUUUUGGGUGGGAUUCAUAGCUAUUGUAUGUGAAAGGCUAGCAUGCUUUACUCAGGAAGUGCACAAGCUUGCAUGCUGUGCUACUUAUAGAAACCACAAGUGCUGAAGUCUAGAACUGUGGCUUGUUGUUUUAAUGAACACCUUCAGUGGUCUUCAUGCAUGCUCAUAUGAUGGACUUGUCAUACAAGAGAAGGUUUGAAAAUAGUUUGCAUCGCACACUGAUUUAAAUGUAGGGUCGAAAGGACACAAUGUGUUACUAUUAGAGUACUGAUACAAUAGAUCACUCAGAUGACUUUGAACAACAAGCUUUUUUAUCAUUAUGGGAAACAAUGUAGCAAAUCUGAACACUGAACUCAUCGUACUAAUCGCUGUUUAUGCUGGUACCAUCUUCAUCAUCAUACUGUUUGGAUGCAUUGCACUAAAAAAGUAUCGAUCAAUGAAGAAAACCAUUCGGGUCCUUAGCCAGAGGAGACCAGAUGCGAACUUUCCAGUUCCUUUCCCAGAUUCUCCUCAAUCUCAAACCAUCCCAGAAACAUCCAUUAUCUCCAACUAUCCUACAGAAGAUCCAGUAAGGCCUCCACAAACCACGACAAGCUGCAGAUUACCCUGGAAGCCCUUACAGCAGGUUCCACAGUUCAAAAAAGCCGACCUGAGCCUUUUUCAGCUCAUAAAGGCCGGGAGAGAGGGAGUUUUCUACAAAGCAAGGAUAACCAGGGGAAACUGUAAAGGCCACUCGCUGAUAACUUGCAAAAUUGGCAAAGAAGGUAUCACCAGUAAGCAGAUGGAAAAUGAGGUGUCUAUUAUGAGAAAGCUGGCGUAUCAUCAUAAUGUGAUGCAGCUGCUUGACUGGAAUACAACUGAAGAGCCGUAUAUGCUGAUCAUGGAGUUUAUGAGCUAUGGCACGCUGCGCAGUUUUGUUCAAAAAAACAAAGAGCAACUGAGUGCUGACCCUGAACUACAAAGCCAAUUCACCAUCGCGUCCUACCACAUAGCUCUGGCCAUGGAACAUUUGCGCUCAAAAAUGGUGGUGCACUGUGACCUUGCUUUGAGGAACAUUCUGGUGAGCCGUUUCCCAUGGGAGGUGAAGGUGGCAGAGUUCGGCCUAGCCAGGGAUUUGACCCGCAUGAGGAGCAGACGCAGCAGCAGAAAAAAGCACCACAGGGAGCGAGUGCCCCUGCGCUGGUACCCUCCAGAAUAUUUCCGAAACAACUACUAUAGCUUUAAGGGCGACGUCUGGGCAUUUGGUAUCGUGCUGUGGGAGAUGCAGACGUUUGGAACCUUGCCGUAUUCGGAUCUGACCACAUCUGAGCAAGUUGUAUAUAAUGUGUGUGCCGGAUAUAAGAAUACAGUUCCCAGCACGUGCCGUCCAGAGAUAGAACAGAUCAUGCAGAACUGCUGGUCGGACCCAUACACCUCCAGACCAUCAUUUACAGACAUUGUCAGGAUCUUGGAGAACAUUGUGGAAAGUGACGGAGAUUAUGUGGAGGUUGACAACCAAAGAAUCAUGAAUGCUGAAGAAAAAGGAAUUUAAAAACAUAACGUGCACGAUUAACUUAAAACAUUUUGUAGCAAUAUUUUUAACAUAUUUUAUCAUGUAACACUUUAUUGUUUUGUGCAGUCAUACACGCAGGCGUGUAUCUAAGGACUGGAUUUUGUGUCGGUUCUAUUCAUAUGCUGUUUAAAGGGAUAGUUCACCCAAAAAUGAAAAUUCUGUCAUCAUUUACUCACUGUCAUGUUGUUACUUUGUUCUGAUAAAAACGAAGGAAGAUAUUUUGAGAAAUGUUUGUAACCAAACCAUUCGUGGACCCCAUUCACUUCAAUAGUAGGAAAAAAGAAUACUAUGGAAGUAAAUGGGGUCCACUAAUGCAGUGGUUCUCAAACUUUUUCAGCGUGCGGCCCCCUUUGUGUACGGUGCAUUUCUUCGCGGCCCCCCCAAAGAAAAUUUAUGACAAAGAACAGUUCUAAAACUUCACAUUUUAAUUAAACAAAACAUUAAAUUAUACAAAGUAGUGCUGCCUUAUUUUUUUUAGGUUUAAUUUCACAGAAUUCAUGAUAAAUUAAUAUAUUUUAUAAAAUGUCAAAACUGGGGGGCCCCGGACCCCAGUUUGAGAACCACUG